GCAAAUUUCAAGAUGGCGCAGAUCAACAUCGCUAACCGAGUGUUCGGCCGGUAUGUUCGGCCAUUACAACGGCUCACUUUUAAUUACUGUAACCAGGGAGGAAGCAGUAGAGGAAUAAGGGAGUACAUUGACAAGAACAUCGUGCAGUUUGCGAAAGACAAUCCUGGAAUUUCUAUUUACGUCAUGGAGCGGAGUGGAAAACAUCCGACAAUUACUGGACACUUUAUUGGAGGCAAUAGCAAGGAAGUUGAAGUAAAGAAUAUGACACCAGAAAAGAUAAAAGAAUGCGUUACAAGCCUUAGAAAUGAAUCAGGAGAGAAAGUGGAGAAGAUACGGAAGCACUGGCACACUGAGAAUCCAUCCAUACAAGGGACCUGGAAUCCUUUCUUGCAUAAACCACCUUCUCUGCGAAAACAUGUUACAGGGAAAACAAAGUAAAACUCUGUCUUCAGUGGAUGUGCUACAAAGAUUAGGUCACACAUGUUGGGGAAACUUCAUAUGUUGCUUGCAUUUCAUGCUUGGACUGGUUGACUCUGAGAAAGAGCAAAGGUGAUGAGGUAAAUGUGGCUCACUGCAAUUUUGAUACGCAACUGUCUGAUUUGCAGUUCCAACAUGUGUUUGUGAGCUUGCUAGGAAGCUUCUGUUAUCAUACAGUAAAACCCCAAUAGGGAGAAAGGGGUUAAGUUUAUAAAAUGAUAGUGGUGGUGCAUUCUUGCAGGCUAUUACAAGAUAAUUUGAUUUUAUUA